ACGACGCCGCCCGCCGGUCCCCCUGCCGCCGCCGCCGCCGCCCGCGCCCCCGCCGCCGCCUCGGCCGCCGCAGCGCCGCCCGCAGCAUGUCUCGGAGGAAGAUCUCGUCCGAGUCCUUCAGCUCGCUGGGCUCCGACUACCUGGAGACCAGCCCCGAGGACGACGGGGAGUGCCCCCUGUCCAGGCUCUGCUGGAACGGCAGCCGCAGCCCGCCCGGGCCGCCCGAGCCCCGCGCGGCCGCCGCCGUCGCCCCGGCCCCGGCCGCCGCCUCCUCCGCCGCCGCCGCUGCCGCCGCCGCCGCCGCCACGGCCGGGGCCAGGAGGGCGCAGCGCCGGAGGCGGGUCAACCUGGACUCGCUGGGCGAGAGCAUCAGCCGCCUCACGGCGCCCUCGCCUCAAACAAUACAGCAGACUCUCAAGAGGACCCUGCAGUAUUACGAGCACCAAGUUAUUGGUUACAGGGAUGCAGAAAGGAAUUUCCACAGUAUCUCUAACAGAUGGUCCUAUGCAGACCAUUCCAGCAAAGAGGAAGUCGAAGACGUCUCAGGAAUCCUUCAGUGCACCGCUAACAUGCUCGGUUUGAAGUUUGAGGAAAUCCAAGAGAGAUUUGGCGAGGAGUUCUUCACUGUAUGCUUCGAUGAGAAUGAGCGAGUCCUUCGAGCUGUGGGUGGCACCUUGCAGGAUUUCUUUAACGGCUUCGACGCCUUGUUGGAACACAUUAGAACUUCCUGCGGAAGACAGGCCACGCUGGAGUCGCCGUCGUUCCUGUGCAGGGAGCUCCCCGACCGUGCCCUGAUGCUGCACUAUUUCCACCCCCACCACACCGUGGGGUUCGCGAUGCUGGGGAUGAUCAAGGCCGCAGCCAAGAAGAUCUACCGGCUGGACGUGGCCGUGGAGCGGGUGGCCGCUGAGAAGCUGGGCUCCGACGCUUCGACCCCCGGCAACUGCAGCUGUCUUACUUUCCUUAUCAAAGAACGGGAAAACACCAACGUCCCGAAGAACCUUCCCCAGGGUUCCUCCCACGUGCCCGCGGACCUCAGAAUCAGCAUCAGCACCUUCUGCAGAGCUUUCCCGUUCCACCUGAUGUUUGACCCGCACAUGUCCGUCCUCCAGCUGGGGGAAGGCCUGCGGAAACAGCUGCGGUGCGACACUCAUAAAAUGCUCCAGUUCCAGGACUGCUUCGAGAUCGUGUCCCCGCGGGUGCAGGCCGCCUUCGACAGGGUCCUGCUGCGCCUGUCCACCCCCUUCGUGAUCAGGACCAAGCCCGAGGCUUGUGGCACUGAGAACAAAGAUAAGGUGAUGGAAGUCAAAGGACAGAUGAUCCACGUCCCAGAGUCCAACUCCAUCUUGUUCUUGGGCUCCCCGUGCGUGGACAAGCUGGACGAGCUCAUGGGCCGGGGGCUGCACCUCUCCGACAUUCCAAUCCAUGAUGCCACCCGAGACGUCAUUCUGGUUGGCGAGCAGGCAAAGGCCCAGGACGGCUUGAAGAAGAGGAUGGAUAAGUUAAAGGCAACUUUGGAAAGAACCCACCAGGCCCUGGAAGAAGAAAAAAAGAAAACAGUCGAUCUUCUAUAUUCUAUUUUCCCCGGUGACGUCGCCCAGCUCUUGUGGCAAGGACAGCAGGUGCAGGCCAGGAAGUUUGACGAUGUCACCAUGCUCUUCUCGGACAUUGUUGGCUUCACGGCCAUCUGUGCCCAGUGUACCCCCAUGCAGGUGAUCAGCAUGCUGAAUGAGCUGUACACCAGGUUCGACCACCAGUGUGGAUUUUUGGAUAUUUAUAAGGUGGAAACAAUAGGUGAUGCCUACUGUGUUGCUGCAGGACUCCACCGGAAAAGCCUCUGCCACGCCAAGCCCAUCGCUCUGAUGGCCCUCAAGAUGAUGGAGCUUUCAGAAGAGGUGUUGACACCUGAUGGAAGACCAAUUCAGAUGAGGAUAGGCAUUCACUCGGGUUCUGUGCUCGCUGGAGUUGUCGGGGUGAGAAUGCCACGAUAUUGCCUGUUUGGAAAUAAUGUCACUCUGGCAAGCAAAUUCGAAUCAGGAAGUCACCCUCGGCGCAUCAACGUCAGCCCCACCACUUACCAAUUAUUAAAGCGGGAAGAAAGUUUCACAUUCAUCCCUCGGUCCCGUGAAGAGCUUCCCGAUAACUUUCCAAAGGAAAUCCCUGGGAUCUGCUAUUUCCUGGAGGUAAGGACUGGUCCUAAGCAGCCAAAGCCUUCUCUUUCCUCCUCAAGGAUAAAAAAAGUUUCCUACAACAUUGGCACCAUGUUCCUCCGGGAGACAAGCCUCUGAGACCUACUGCAGAUCAAAGACUCCUCCAAAAAGCACAAGCCCAGAACACGGGUCAUGACGGGAGAGUAGAACAAGAUGGUUUCUCUUCCACUACUUGCCUGAGAACAAGCAGCGGAAUUUCUGUGCUGUGUGAGGCAAGAACAAGGUGGAUAAUGACUGUCAGCUAAAAAAAAAAAAAAAAAAAAAAAUGGAAGGGGGGUAAUGUGUCCAUCCCUGUGAGUGUUUUUGGUCAUAUAUAUAUAUAUAUAUAUAUAUAUAUAUAUAUAUAUAUAUAUAUAUAUACAUACACACACACACAUGUGUGUGCACACACAAAUAUAUAUAUCUAUAUUUUAAGUAGGGGCCCCCUUUCAAAACUAAUAGAUUCUGUGUUUCUUGUUUGUCACACAUACAGGUAUCUUCCCCCAUUUAUCUAGAUCACUUUUGAGAGCCAGUUUUGAGGAUAUAGUCCUCCGUUUAGUGAGUUGGUAUGUGAGGACUAUUUUCUAAUUUUGUUUUUCUGAACAGACAUUUCAUACACAUCAUGGCAGUGUGGUUGUCUUCCCAGCAGGAAGAACUCUAACUCAGCAAAAUAUUUUAGGGAUAUUACCUAUUUUUCUACAUCUCUCUUCUCCUAGAUAAUUACAUUUCACACAACAUUACUCCAUUUUCCGAAUCUGCUACUGUGUAGUUGGUGUCUUAUGUAACUGUAACCUACUAAUCAAAUAGAGUUUCGCUCAUUUAGACAGAUGGGUGCUCGGACGGGGCAUACACAUAACCAGGGACUGCAGAUGCCGAGAAAGCGUUGUCUGUCUGCUUAGCAAAUACAUCUUUUAGAUUUAAUUACUGUAGCACGGAAUCCAGAGGAAAUAGCGUUUCCCACUAAAAGACUCGUCUGUCACCAGAACUACCGAAAGUCUUGCUGCUGUCUUCUGACAAAUGUCGGAUAAAACAAAAUGCUUUGCUGCACUGGACCCUUUUCAAUGUAGCACUUGCAAAAUGGGUACCUUGUACGAUGUACUCAGCUAUAUUCUAAUAAACAGCGUCCCCAUCCCGUGGCUCGUUACUCUUCCCCCCACCUCUGCCCACUCCGCCUGCCGGAUGCCUCCUGAGGGCUACUUGCCACUCUGGGAGAAAACUGCCAGAUGCUGGCAUUAGGGAGGAAGAGGCUGUAGGCUGUUUCCCAAGAACGUUAUUUCUUCUUGCAAAAUAAGGGGUGGGGGGAACCCUGUGUUUUAUGGCUUUGAGAUUUUAAAAAUGAUAGUAAUUCUUUUCUUCUGCAGUUUGAUUUAUGUGGCUCUUAAAUUCAGUGAAUCACUUUCAUGAACCUCUUAAAUUCAUGAAUCACCUCCAGACCUACUAAAGUAGGUCUGUCCCCUAGGCCCCAUCAUCGCCAUAGUGACAGACAGGCUUCCAUCACGUGUGGUCCUAAAAUGAAGAUCUGUUCCCGCUAAUUAGCACUGCAUGAAAAUAUUAACGCAGGCUCCCCCUGAAAUCUGGAGCACAGUACAUCCAGAGUUUUCCUAUUUUGGAUUAAUAUAAAACCCAAGUUUCUGCUGAGGUUAAUGAACUGGAAAUCGAUGUGUUUCCCUGAAACCUUGGAAUGGCCGUUUUCUUCCAAACGGUGUACUCCUUGAAAGCUUGCGUCUACUGAACGUGACCGAGAGAUUCCUCUGGGCAUGCACGGGGGCUGCGUUAGGAUUCAUUCAUGCCGCAACUCAGCUACGGAGCGUAUUAAUAGUGUCCAGUGUAGCCUGGGAGGCUGACUAGUGCUUUUAAGUUCUCUAAGUGUGUGCUAGAAAACAUUUAUAGAUACAUAAAGUAUUUGUUAUAAUGAUGAUCUCUUCUGUAAUUGCUGAACUGUUUUCACCCCAAGGCUCAUGAGGAUGCUAGUACCGCACACAGUGUGGAGAUGGGAUCUAGAACCUGAGCUUUCGGAAGCCUCGCCUGCCUCCCUCCUCCUUGGGUCCAGGUCUCUGUUUUUAACAACACGGGGGGCCAGAAGGCCAGUGUGUUUAUUUGAGGGGAGUUUUAUAGACUGGGGACAAGGUGCUCUAGUGGGGGUAGUUACAAAGGAAUUCUUCAGGGGACUGGGAAAUUAACCCACUCCCUUCACAGGGAAGAAGGGGGAGGUUCCCAGUUACUGUGAACAGAACAGGCCGGGCACACCUCAGUCCUCGUGCUGAAGACAGACUUCAGCUGUGUAUUCGAAAGAAUAACAAACUCUCUUACAGCCCAGGAACAUGGGGGAGAAAACCAAGCUUCACGGAAGUAAUUUAUACUUAUUCUGCAUAGGAAUUUAGAGCUUAUUAUGAUAAACUAAAUCAAUCAAUGUUUUGGUGUAAGCAAUGUGUUUCAUAACCGUAAGACUGCAAGGGACUCCCAGUAAUCAUCCGACCUAUUUCUCUGCUUUUCGUGAGGAUUUGUCUAAGCAACUAUUCUAGAUAUACGAUCUUUCUCCCUAUACUUAAGAAUAUCUGUGGGAAGCAUAUUUUUCAAACAUUGCUGGAAACCCACUUCAUUACCCAGUCAUUUGUAAUAGGGCCCAAGAAACGAAUUGUAUAUACAUUCAAUUUGUCGAAAGAAUAACAAACUCUCUUAGUUUAUAUGGCUCUACUUAGACAACAAGUAGCCAUUUACAUUGUCACAAAUGUCACCAUGAAAAAUACACCAGAGAUCUAUUAUAUAUUGUAGGCUGUAGACUACACUUUUCAAACAAUGUAAUUUAAAUAUAUCUUGGAAGCUAUAGUCUGAGGCAACAGUCUAGUCUGCUGCCAUUUUGCCAACCUACUACUGUUGAUUAUUAGUUACACUAUUGCUAUGUAAUUGCAAGUUACUGCAGACAAUGGCUUUUCAUGCUAGCUGCACUCGUAGAAGUUAGAAGCUAUGAACAACUAUUACAUUAUUUGUCCUACAUAAUACAAUCUACAUAUCCUCCAUUUAGGAAUUGUCACUGCAACAUUGGGUCACAGUAUUUCAGCUAAUAUCUGUACAGUAUUCUUACCUAAAAAUGAUAGCAAACAUCAUAUAUUUUAGUGUGGCAGUUUAAAAAGGAUGUAAAUGGAUGUCCUAUUACAAAUCAAGUGGUAUUAAAUUAGGGAAAUGGCUUUAACCCACUCUGAAAGGGUUACAUUAAAAUAUAAUCCAGCACUUACAGCUCCUCUGUUUAGUAUUUUUUGAGGCAACUAAUCUGAAGUCACUUUAAGACUAGGCAUUGGUAUGAGAGAUUCACAUUGGCAUCAGUGUUAUUUUGAUAGAAACAAAGUCAUUUGGAAAUAAAUCAGUUACCCAACAAGGUCACACACCGCCAUGUGUACCUCCAGAGAGCACACAGUAUGCACCUUGGGGACCUUAAUAAAUAAGUCACAUUAGCCAUAAUGAAAAGAAUACUUCUCAAUGCCUGUAGAACACAUGUCUUUGGGGAAGAAGAUAAAGCUUCUAUGUAACAGGUGACCAAACUGUCUAAAACCUGCCCCAAUACGCAUGUCUUCUACUUUAAAUUAUUUUGGAUUUCCCUUUUAAUAUAUGACCCUGUGGAGUCCGUGAGCCAUGCCCUAAAUGACUCUGAUUCAAUGCUUCAGAGGGGAAUUGUCACGGCCCCACGCUUGGUUCUCUUGCCCAGGGUUAACAGUAUCAAGAGACGCGGCGUUCUGUGGUUCAAGUGCAAAGUGCACUCUCCAGGACACACAGAGUAAAGCAAGGCCACAACUUAGACAAAACCUCAUUCACAAGUGCAGCGAGGCUUUCAGUUUUGCAAAACGUGCCAAAGAUUUCCAGCAAUAAAGCCAAAUUAAGUUGACUGAUGCAUACAAAGGGCAAAGCCGCAGGGUUUGGAAAACCACCAGGCUCUGUGUUCUGUACAGAAAUAUUGCUACCAAUUGAAAUCACGUAUUUGAGUUGUGAGAUAUCAGGGAGGACCUCAAGAUCCAGACUGUCAUUAAAUACAUUCACCGAAGGCCCCGGGUGUCCUGCUUGCUCAGGGCAGGUGUUACGGAUCAUUAGGGCAGAGAAUGAAACGUGUACCAUAGCUUUCCGUCUUAUCACGCAUUUUGAGCACUACUGAGCUCUUGCCCAGCCCAUCUGCACCACGCCGUCCGUGGAAACCCUCUCUCUCAAACCUCCCCAGCAAACACUAGCCUCUCCACACCUCCGAACCUCACAUGGCCACAGCGAGAGUGGCUGAUGCCGGUCUCAGACAGACAGGGACACCCACCCAACCCCAGGCCAAGUGACAGCGCACCUCGGAAGUGAACUAACUGUUCCCAGCUGUGCUGGGGCCUGUUACCAUCCGCAGCUUUUCCCUGUGCUUUUUCUCCCCAAAACACUCCGACUCCAAGCACUUGGUGUAGCUUUACCAAAAAUUCAUUCAAAAGGAACUACACAUGACCCUGAAGAGGCUUUGGGCGACAACAGAGGCCUUUUAGCCAACAAUACCCAGAAACCCAAGUCCAAGAACCAAGAACCAAUCAAUUGCAACCUAGGUAUUAUUAGGUUAGAGAUCCUCAGCUACAAAAAUCGUGAAAUUUCUGUAAGCAUAUCCUACCAGAUACAGCGGGAAAAACAUGGUGCAUGAGACACUGAGUAAUGAGAAUUUAACCUAUGACCUCCAGCACGGCAGUCCCUUAUGGGCAGCUCUCGGAUGCAACACUUCACUCGCAAGCAGCUGAUUUCCUGUCUGCACAAACAGAGUUGCAGUGACUGAACUAGCUCUACUGUUUCAUGGGUACUCCGGCCCCAGCACGGUGAGGGCCCGCGAGGUGGUCAAGUACAGACCCUGAUACUAUAGCAGAUAAACAGGAAUCUGGUCAGAAUAUACCGAGAUAGUGUGCAAAAUUCCUUCCUCACACUUGAAACCUAACUACUGUCUUGCCGCUCCUCUGUUUCCUUCCUCUGUUCCUUUUUUACUUUCAUAAAGAAAAAAAAAAAAGCCAGUGAUAGUCAAUCUCACACUGUAAAAUAGCUCGUUUUAUAAAGUAAUGAAUCCUCGAUGUGGGGGGGGGGGUCGGGAUGUGCGUGUGUGUGCUGUAUGUAGAUAUUACGUGAUUAAAAGGAGGGACAUCUUGGAAGGACCUGGAAUGUCAGGAAGUAAAAUUUGCAUUUUUAUUUCCAAUACGUCAUGACUGGAACACGACUUCAGUCGAGGGCUUCACUGCAUUCCUCUCCUAGUAAGAAAUGCUCCCGUCCAGCGGUUCAGCUCAUCAGCGUGGCCGGAUCCGGCUGCCUGUGGACAAGGUACCCAGGAAGCCUUCCGAAAUACAAACUGCCGAGCUCCGGCGCCUGCCCAGAUUUGGGCUCAGUGCGUAGCAGGUGUGGCCUCGACACUGUAUUUAGGAAACCACUCUAGGUAAUGAGAAUAGAAAUCCAGACUGGGGCAUCGCUGAAGAGUAUUCAAAUAACCCAAUCACCAGGAAUAAGUACAAGUUGACUCAGAGAAUCGUGUAUUAUUUCAUCUGUGGUUAUUUUGGAAAGCUAAGUGGUUUGGGCUUUGUAGCAUUAUUUCUUUCACAAGUCUUAAUUUUAGCUUUGGUCUUAAAUUUACAAUCUGCUUUCGGAGCAGGAGAUUUCAAACUUAUUAGAAACAGCAUGAAUAAGCAGGAGGGAGGAACACUGCUCACUAUAGGGCUCCUGGCACAGUGGACCCAGUUCCGUUUGCUGAGUCAUUGCCGGAGUUGUCCGUAUCCCACAUACUUGCUGAUCUGCCCCACCAGGCUAUGAACUACACACUUUUGGACACAGCCUGAUUUCUGAAUGAUCCAUUUUUAUGUUGUCAAGAAAUCACCAGCUUAAUACUUAGUCUCACUCUGUACUUUUCACAUUGAACUGCACACUCAUCUAAAAAUGAUUUCCUAGCAAUACUUUAAAACAACCUUUCAAGCAAUAAUUUAAGCCAUGGUAUGAGGCUGUAUGAAACCUGUACUUCUGUGCACUUCAUGGAACCUUUAGGGAAAUAGAGGCAUAUUUUAUACAAGCAAUAAUAUAGCGGGUGUGGACUUCCAAAAGAUAUUCGCAACUCCAGCAAAAUGAGCGGCAGCAAGCGAAAACUUGGAUAAAAAUGACCUGUGCAAACGACAUGGUUCAUGCAUCUCAGAAGCUACUCAUUUGGAUACAUGCUAUGAAGUCACAGACUCCCACCAUGCUCUUUCUGUUGUAUGAUUUGAAAAAUACCUAUCAUAAUAGGAUUUCUAUUCCUCUGUGAAGAGAUCUGUGUAUGUAAUGUUGCCCAGGUUUUGGGAUCUUUGUAGAAUUGAACAGUGAGGAGUGUUUAAGGAUGGGUCCAUGAGUGAAGGUGCAACACAGGUUGGAUGAGGUGACUGAGAAUGUAGGCUUUGCAGAAAUAUGGAUGGAUCUUGGGAAAAGUGAAUUCAACUCUUGGUAAGGUCUUAGAAGAUGAAAGAGAGAUAAACUAGAUUAAAAGUGCUCAUUGCUACUGUUUUCUGUGAUGGCAAAUACUUGGGAAGUAGAACAGUAUUUUGGCUCCUGAAUACGAUUGGCUGGAUGUCAUCUGAGGUAGAAUUAAUGCACAUCUGAAAACGAUCCUGUAGCCAUAUUGAAAAUAACCUGCCCUUCUCAACUCUCUUGAUGAAAGUACUGAAGCUUCUACAUUUCAAAAUGAGUAAUUAACAUUUUUAUUCUCGAAAUGUAAUUUUUUAAAAAUGUGGAAUAGUCUAUAAUAAUCAGUCCUUUAAUAGUCAAAUUACUCCUCUAUCAUUUAGCAUAACGUACUAGGAUUACAGCUCAAGGCAGGUGGUAAACUCACGUUCCGGUGAGGAACUUCUAAACACCAGGUUGUUAUUUAGCCAAGUCAUAUAAACUUAGGAUCCCCUACUCCUAAACCUCUGAAUCGGCUUACAGCCCCUAUUACUGCCUCCCCUCACCGGGAAAACUCUCUUCUAGUCGUGAAUCUGAAUACAGUUGCAUUUGUAUUUGCUGCUACGUUACCUUCCUGUUAACCACUGCAAAACUUAAGGUAGCAUCCUUUUGCUCGCACUUUAGAAAAUCCCCCUGUAAAAAUCCAACAGGAUCGUUGAUUCCCCGAGAAAGUUUUUUUUGAUAAUUAUCUUUUUUGCGUAUCAUUGGAGGCUUAAUUCUUAAUAAACAUACUUUUCAUUGUGAAUAAACAGAAAAUACUUAAUUUGAACCUAUUAUAGUGACUCUUUUGAUGCACAAUUUAAAAAUAAAGGAAUCAGUUAAUAUUCAGCCUUCUUCUGUGACCUUUUCACUAUCUGGAGAUAAAGAGAGGAUUCUCCUAAAUAUAUUUUUACUGUGUUCUAUUAAAUGUAAUUAAAUAUGAGGACCGUAAUGCAUUAAUCGGUAAUACCAGAAAUGUACAAAAUUGCUUUACACCACCCCACUUUUUAAAGACGAGCCUCCUCUUUUUCUGCCUAGCAGAUGCACAUCAGACCCGGGACCAGGGACAGAUGGAGACGGUGGGGGUGGGCAAGAGCUUUAGCAGAGAUGGAGCAAAAAGAUUUGAUUUUUUUCUGCAGGAAGGUAUAGAUGCUCUUAAAGGAGAGGCAGUUUCCACAGUGGACUUAACGAAAGCCAGAUGACUUAUUUGACCACUGGUCAUUCUUAUGUUAAAGAGACAAGAGGAAAAUAAACUCCUUCACAAGCCAUUUUCAGUUUCCUUGGGAGGGAGCCUCAAGCCCGUCAGCACUGGUGCAGAUCAGGGUUAGACCUCACGGAGCUACAAACAGAAACUCUCGAAGGCAGCCGAGAGAACCAGCCUCCGUGAAGGUCAAUGGAGGUGUCAGAUGUCUGGCCUGAAGGAACAAAGGAGGCCAAACACCAGCUCUGCCUUGUGUCGUAGAAGAGCCUGCUACGAUUAGCUCUGAGAACCGACUACCAGCGUGCAAAGUGCCUAUUCAAACAUUUUGCCCCACUUACAAUGCGCCCUCAGUGAGAAUAUGGUUUGAUCUCAUGCACCCUUUCUCUGAGUGUGUUCUGACAUUCUAGAAGUGAUAUCUUUCCCUCAUUGGGAAAUUUCGUCCCAAAGAAUAGAAAAUGCCCUGUGUUCUAAAAUCAGUAAAAUCACUUUUGGAGCUAGACUCUAUUCCAUAGUUUUCUUCACAUCGUCCUCAAGGGCGGCCUGGGUUGCUGGCAGAACAAGGGUUGGGCUUUAGAUAGACCCAAGCCCACCCUUCUGACCCCGAGCCCACCAAGCUCCUGAGGGUUGGGGCUGCGGAGAGUCACCCAGCAUUGAUGGUUCUGCGGGAGAGAAGGGGUAUUCCCUGGCUUGGGAGAUUAGAAGUGGUUAGGUGGCCUCUUACCCUCAUCGAAAGGUGUUUCACUUUUACGUAACGGGUUAAUUCAGGCAGAGAUUGUUUGGAACAGAAAACAUUUUAAGGGGAGAAACAAAUCUGAAUCACUUUUAGUUGGAAUUAUCAGCUAGAAAAAGGAUUUAGGACAAAGAUUUCUGUCUUGAAAGAGUCAACUUACAUCCCAAAGUCACAAUGCUAGACCCCUUUGAAGGCUUUCUAAAUGUAUCCAUUUCUUCAGCACUGAGAAAGAAAAAUAAAUUUUUUGACGGAUUAAGUUCCUAUCCCCUGGAAAUAACGUAUAAUCAUAAAAUGCAUUUGAAUCAUCUUUUUCUCUAUGUUUUCCAUUUGUGGCAGAAUAGAUACAUAGGAUGUCACAAAAACAGACUUAAAAAUCGUGGCAUUAAGCCAUGGUGUGCAAAUUUGGCAACAUUCUUUUACUUAAAAUACUAAGCUGUUUUUAAUGACAUGAGGGAUAAGAAUAAGAGUCAAAUAAUACUGGAUUAAGACUCGUUCACACUGGGGUUAUUCAUAUCCAUAUUCCUAUUAUUCUCAGAAUAAAAUCUAAGUCAGAGCUAAUUGAUAUUCAAGUCAUUUGAACAGUAAAUAUACACAUUCUGCAUCACUUCUGACUAACAAGAAUCUAUAUACAUUCCCGAACCCAACGAAACAUCAAAUCCUAGAACAACUCUGCUUUUAUGGCCUCUCCUUUGUGCUCGGUGUCGCUAACUUUCAAGGCCAGCAAGAGAAACAGCUUUCUUCUGAGGUUCGGGGUGGUGGGAUCAAAUCUGGAUCUAUAGUAUAUUUAUGUAGAGCCACUUGAAACAUUUCUGUUUACUUGUUUUCAUUCAAAUCUCCAUGAAGUGAAGCAAAAUACUAGAGUGGCCAGAGGGUUGAUCAACAACGUGAAACCCCCCCCCUUCCAGCGCUGAUUGGUAUAAAUUACCACGUUGAAAUGAAAGUCAAAGUGUGCCUUGGUGUCUCAGAUGAAUUGUUUGAGUCUGUUUCAACUGUGUCAUCAGGCGCUCGUAACGUCCGUCCCUUUCUUUGUUACACCACUCGGUGACCUGCAGUAACAGGUACCAUCGCCUUUUCUGUUGAUCGUUCAAAACACUUCCUUCCCUAUCUAAAAAGAAUUCUUCUGCUAACACGCAGACGUAUACCUGACUACAGGAAGUGCCCUGUUUCAUGAGAUCCGUGCAAGGUGCCAGAGCAAGGACCGCAACAGGGAAGGUGAAGAGAGACAGGAAAAUCCAGCUUUGCCCACAUUACAGUCAUGUCUCUGGCUCGCCCAACCCCGUGAACCCAGAAGAAAGCUUAAAAAAAGGAGGGGGGGAGGGACUGAUUAUAGAUUUUUAAAUAGAGUUUUCACACUUCACAGAAUGUCAAAGUUCAUCACGUCAAAACUUUGAUUAACAAGAAACUUAAAAAACAUGCUCAUCAGAAUGAAUCUUUUCUCAAGUCUGAGAACUUCUUGCCUUAUAGAUUCUGCCCCUCCGCCCCCCGCCCCAGCUCCGUGCAGAGUUGGUCCUCUGCUGGGAGAAUGUGGUCCUGUGCCUGUUGGUAUUCGCCGUAUGUGCUCACUAAACAGCAUUACAGUCUUUAGGAUAAUGAGAAACAGCGAAAGGGCCCGGGUCUCAAGUGUGGCUGUAACUUGAGCAUCAGCAUAACUGGCGGCUGUGUCGGAGGAAGGCUCUUGGCAAGCACGAAAGGCGCGGCCUCUGUGCAGGAAGCUCACCAGGCCCCGGAGGUGGCCAGCACCUGCCGCUUCGCUUCUUUUCCUUUCCUUCCCCUCCCCCGCUCCUCUCGCCUUCCUACCUUCCUUCCUUCUUUUCUUAAGAAAGAUGUGAAAAUUGUGUUUCUCUCUUUGGGCUGGGGCUUCUCUUUCCGGCCUGCAUCCCACUGGGCACAGGGUGGCUGAGGAGGGCAGGGAGCGAGGGCGCACCUAGAGAUCGUUGGGGCUGCGAAUGACUGAGCUCGCGGAGGCCUUGCCUUGACCUCCCUCAAAACAGGAGAUUAAAAUACUUCCCUGUUUGUUCUUUCACACUGAACCCAAACACUUUCUCAAGAAGCAUCCUGGCCAACCUUUUGGACAACGUCCUAUUUUUGCCCCUACAGAGAUCUUCCUUUAGCAAAAUCCUCUUAUUUUCAAAGAGUAAAUUUUCACUUGGGGACCACACUGCUCAUCACUGAAAUAGGAAAGACGCAUCUUCUACUUGUAAGGAGAUUGUUUUUUAAAAACGACUUUCCAGUAAGGCCAGUACACCCAGUGCUAGUUGGUUUUACUGGCUCUCUAUCAAGAGAUGACCGUUACACUGUCUUGCUUCCUGUGCACCCCUCUGUAACUCGGCUUGGGUUUGGGGUCCUUCUGAGUGUCUAAAAACAUUUGCCAUCAAUUGUGAGAGUCUACUGAAUUGAAAAAGCAAUAUACAAUGUAUUCCGUGUUUCUUAGCUCUCCGCCUUGGAGAUCCUAGUGUGUAUUCAGAUACCUGUUUAUAACCACAAUUUCUACUUACGCACCAGAAUUAACUAAUUACCAUGCUCUUAAAUAUGGAAAGAUCACAGGUUGGAUCUUUGACAAGUCCCAAUUCAAAGCCAUUUUUUUUUUUCAGGGAAAAUUCAAUCAUUUCUAGCAAAGUAUUUUAUUCUUAAGGGGAAAGAAAUUAUCUUACUUAAAAGAAUGAAAAUGAGGAAGAUAUUAUGCCUUUUCAUUUUAGGUGUUCUCAACACUAGAAUAAUUUGAGCAAGUAUCGAAUAGAUUUAAAGAAUCUUUAAUCCCUCAACAUUUUCAUUUUUUGUUAGUGCAUUAAUAAUACAGUCAAGCUCUUUAUCAAGUAGUCUCCGUGAUUUAAGUUUGUGUUCAUUAAGAGAAAAUUAUAAGAAAUAAUACAGCUUUUGUACUUUUGUAUUUUUCUGGAAAGAUAUGCUUCUAUAAGUCAAAUAUCUUUGAAUUUUGGUUCUCACUAAUUUAGACUUUUUUUUUUUUUUUUAAUACAU